AUGACAACUGCCAAGAGGAAAGAAAAAAGCUUCCAUUUGGGCGAUGAAGAUGGUAGUAUACAUGCUAGUAACCCAGGCCGUAUUAAGAUGGCCACCAAGAUAUUGGUAGAUAACAGAUAUGGAUUAAUGGAUGAUUUAAACUUUGCUAGUCAUACCACCACAGGUGGUAUGACCACAGCCGAUGGUAAUAGGUUGAUGAGUACGGGUGAUUUUUUGAAAGACAAUGGGAUCACAUCGCAAAAGGGGAGAGAUGAUUUGUUAAAUACAUCAACUGCACCAAUGACAGCAACUGUUAUUUCAAAGUCUACACGAAUUAAGGCUGAUAGGGUUAGAAUAUACCUUGAUUAUUAUUAUAGUCUGUUGGAGAGAUGCAUAUCCAUUGAUAAUACGGAACAUCGUCAUGAAGGUGUUGAAGGUGUUUAUAAUCCACUACAAGUGAUGAGGAAUAGGAAACUCAGGAAGAAAUAUCGUGGAGGAGCACCAGUAAGAGAAGUUUCAAUAUCGAAAGCUCCUGUUAUUGCUAUUAUUGAUUUUUCCAAGAAGUAUGAAGGCAAGAAUAAAGAGGCAUAUGUAAAGAAGAGAAUGCCAUGGUUUGUUGACAUUAAUGAAAAAUAUAAUGAUCUAAUGUGGAGAACAUCCCAUUGGGAUGAACUAGUAGAUCCAGAAGGAAACCUAUGGUUUGGUGAUAAGGAUAAUCGUAGACACCAUCAUCAUCACCAUCAAAACCGUUUGCAUGCCAAACCAAAAUUACAUCCUCAUAAAAAUAAAGAUCACUUAGAGGUUACAGACCAUAAGAAUGGAGGCAUUACCGCACAACAUUUAGAAGUUUCUAACGCCUCAUCUUCUUCUAGAUCCUCUUCAAAUGAGGAACUCAACAGGAAAAGUACAGAAAAGUCAAGGACACCAUCUCCCUUACCAACUGAUUCACCAAUCUCAUCUCCUAGCCAAAAUGACAGCCCGAAAGGUAUGCCUACAAAUUCAACGGUUGAGGGUAGGAUUGAUGCCAAAGAUCGAUUAAAGAAAAUCGGUAAGAUAAUUGGUAAGACUGGUUCAAAAAGUUGGAUAAGCAAAUCUAAGCAUAAUAUACCAGGUCUUUCAUUAAUAGAUGAUUCUCACGAUAGUACGACUACAUCUACUGCCGCCGGUAAGGUAAAUUACGAAACCCCCGCGACUGCCACAGACAAAGAUGGACAUCGACUUACUUUAUUAAAUGAGAUCCCCGUGCGGAAUAUACGACAUAAUAAACGUGAUUCGAACCUAAAUUCAACUUUCAAUAACGAAAAACCUGUUUUUAACAAGAAUUAUUUGGAUGCCGAGAGGAGCAAUAAUGAGGAAGAAGAAGAAGAGGAAGAAGCAUCAGAAGAAGAAGAUUAUGAGGAUGAGGAUAACGAAGAGGAUGAAGGACUUAAGAUAGAUGUUAAAAAAUCGAAACGUGCUAGUAAUAGUAACGAUACUGAUGAUCAAUUAGUUGAAGGUUUAGCUUCAGGUUCUGAUCUACAAUCUGUACCAGUUGAUGAGAAAUUAACUAAAUAUUGGCAUGACACUCGAUAUAUGCUAAGUACCAUUUCAAUCAUGGAUCAUAGACGAAUGACACAUGAAAUUGUAAAGACAAGAGAGAUUCAAAAGAGGAAUCGUAUGAAAAUUGAAGACGAUGCCGACCUAAAGAUAAAUGAAACAAACAGUAUUAUUGAUACUUAUAAUAAUGAAUUAAAUACUGUUUUACAAAAGGGGAACGACUGGACAUCGAAACUUUUGAAUGAUUAUUCUAUUAGAGUGGAGACUUUAAUUUCUGCUAGUGAUAGAAUUUUAAGUGAUAUAAACACCACGUUAACUCUGAAAUUGAAGUUAUUUCAAGAAAAUACAGAAAGGUAUGGCAGCGUUAAGUUGAUGAAGACACCUAAGAUGAGAAGAUUAAUUUACCGAGUCUUGGAAAUGGCAAUAGUUGUUGUGCUCUGGACUAUUUGGUUAUUUGUGAGCUUCUUAAGAUACAUCAAGUUGGUGUUUAUGUUCAUCUUCCAUCUAUUCAGAAUAGUCUUAAAAGUAAUUUUCUGGUAG